AUGGCCUUUAUCAGAGCCAACUUCAUGGCCGACUCCAACUCACUGCUUAUCGUUUGUGAAGAGAAAAUCACCACAUUCAAUGUCGAGACCAUGGACUCUGAUUAUAACUACAUACCAUCAGAGACUGAUCCGGAUGCGAUCCAUUACAUUCACUCGAGUUGCUUCGAUGGCCAAGAUAGCAUAUACCUGAUGACAUCUAUUGGCGAUAUCGAUGACGAUGAAGAUAUAUUCAUGCGAUACUCAUUGUCCACCAGGAAAAUAACCAAGCUGGCCAAGAGUCCAAUCAGCAGUGAUUACUCUCGCCUGAUCCAUGAUCAAUCGUUUGGAAUCAUCUAUGUUGGUGGCAAAGGCAGGAACUAUCGAUACUCAAUUCCAGAUGAUAAAUGGACUCUGAUCACUGAUGAUAACGACUCCAUCACAAACCGUGCACAGUAUGGAGCAUGCUUGAUUCGUGAUUGA